AUGGCCGAUGAAAGAGCAAUGAUCACUGAUUUUGAGGAACGGACUCGUGAUUCCUGGACUUCGCUCGGAGGUUACGAUACAGUGGCAGCUUUACUUAUAUAUUGGGCCGAAGAUGAUCUGAAUGUUAAACCCGAAGUCGAAAGAUUGGAGGAUCUUCUUAGGCGUGAUUUUGGCUUCUGGACGAAUAUCACCCUCAUCCCAAGCAACAGCCCUCGGGCGGAGCUCCAAUAUCAAUGAACACUUUUUGUGAAGCAACAUUCGCUGGAUAAAAAGAGCUUAUCGAUUGUUUACUACGCAGGACACGCUGAUAAUGCAGAUGAGACAGCUCCUGCAGGAUAUAGCGAAUGGAGAGCGUAUGAUGAACCUCAUUUUUGAACUUUCCUCGUUGCCAAAGACUGACAGCCACUCUAGCUUAGAACAGGGUGGACCAAGUAUAAAUUGGUUUGAGAUACAGCCCUCUCUCUAUGCCGCAGAAGGUGAUGUUCUCGUAAUUCUGGAUUGCUGUCAUGCUGCACUCAGAACUAGCGGUACCAAGAAGGGGAAAAUGGAAGUAUUGGCAGCAAGUGCAUCAGGAUCUCGUGUUCCCGCCCCAGGCCGGCUUUCGUUUACCUCUGUAUUGAUACGGCAAAUCCGAAAACGUCUUCAGUCUCGACAGGGCUUCUCUCUCAGGUGGCUUCAUAAGCACCUUUGGGACGAUACGACCCAUCCCGGCUUGACAGGUAGGUCGCCAGAGGGUGAUGAAAAAGACAGAGAACUGCUUUGACAUCUUUUUAGAGACUCCAAUUUACUUUGACUUAUCAGAGCAUGAUGAGCGAAGUAUUAUUUUGAGUCCGCUGAUUGCCAGACCACCGGAGGGAUUCGCUAAGAAAAGAGCAGUGCCAGCUGCCUAUGUCAUAUUGACGGUAUCGUUAGCAGACGAUCCGACUGGGCUGCAAAUAGCCAAUUGGCUCAGAAGUUUUCCUCCUCCUACUGCACAAGAUGUGGACAUAGAAGCCCUCGUACUGAAAGCAAGAAAGAUUGAAGGCUUGAAGAACAUCGAAUCACUUUUCACGGGAUCUAUACUUGGGAAGAUAUCUCGUUCGGCGCAAGUCGAGAUAACAGAACGACUUUCUGCACUGUCUGGCGCUGUAUCAGAUGCCGCAACAGUCGCUGCUACCACUGUUACUGGCCCGAGCUACGCGAAACGAGCGAUAAACGAGCUGGAAACCAACGUCUCAGCGGUAUGCGAUGCUAUUGAAGGCAGUUUGCUUUUAGAUUCCAAUGUCGACCUAGAAGCAGCGGUUAGGGACGAGGUUUCCAUAACAAUAGGAGCAACACAAGCUCUGAAUUUGCGACAAUACCUACUCGGCAAAUACAAGAUACCGGAUACGCCAGAGAUUCCGAGGAUUUCCAUCAACUUUAAGCCUAGCACACAAGCAUGGAAGAAGAAAAGAUUCCGGUACGGAUUCAUCGAAGAGAAGCCAGUGAUUGUCGAGACUUUUCAGUAUGCGCAACUUCCCGCGGAAUCUGAAACCCCACGGCAUACAAUUGAACAGCUCAAGAAAAUGGUUACACAAUUGUCACAGUUGAAGAGAACAAGUUUCCAUAUCCUUCCAUGCGUGGGAUACUUUCAAGAACGGCACGCGGCGCAGUUUUCCAUAGUAUUCCAAAUCGAGGAGAAUCUUUUUUACUGAGGACAACCCAGCACUUUUGACUAGUCUAUACUCUUUUGUUAAAAGGGUCCCCUUGGAAGCCAGAGUCCACUUGGCUAGUACUUUGGGCAUUGCUGUGGAGAAUCUCCAUCGUGUAGGGUGGCUACACAAGGAACUGAAAAGCGAGAACGUACUAUUCUUCAAGAAGUCAGUACCAAGAAAUAUGGAGGGCAGAGCAGAUACGAUAAAUUCACCUGAUCGGAUGGAGGAUUUUGGCCACCCUUGGCUGCUUGGGUUUGAGUAUUCAAGAGCAGAGGAAGCUGCUACGCAUCUUGAAUCCGACUACUCGCUGGUGAAUAAUGCAUAUCGACAUCCCGAAAGAUGGGGCAAGCCAACAGUCAAGUUUGAAAGAUCGCACGAUGUGUAUGCACUUGUAUGUCCUUGGCUAACCGGAAGUAUGCAGUUUGCUGACAUUAACAACCAGGGAAUCUUACUUCUCGAAGUUGCUUUUUGGAAGCCAAUACAACAGUUUCGAGAGUUGAAGAAUACAAAAGUUAACCCUUGGGUAGUAAAAGAAGAUCUUUUGAAAAGAGUUAAUCAAGACUGUCCUCAUAUGGUGGGACAAAACUUUAGUGAUGCUAUUGAUACCUGCUUUCAGUUCAAGGAGUUAACCAGUGGUCUGAAUGAAUUUGAGGCACACAAGGUACUCAAGGAGAAGAUAUUAGGAAAGCUACAGAAAGCGGCUGGAAAUCUGUAG